AUGGCUGGAUCGUCUUCCAUGAGAAUGCCAGCAAACACGUCUUUGAAAAUCAAGAACUAUUCUAUAUUAGAAGACUAUUCCGUCAAUUGGUCUCAAAAAUUAGGCACAGGAAUUAAUGGGCCUGUGAGACCCUGUACAAAACUCUCUACUGGUGAACGAUUUGCUCUUAAGGUAUUGUUGGAUAAACCCAAAUCUCAGACAGAAGUCAAUUUACAUGUACAGUGCAGUGGGCAUGCUAAUAUUGUCACUGUGUACGAUGUCUAUGCAAAUGAUGUGCAAUUUCCUGGGGAAGAGUAUCCUCGUCCACGGUUGCUAAUGGUGAUGGAGCUGAUGGAUGGAGGGGAGCUGUUUGACAGGAUUAGUCAAAAAAGAGGUUUUACAGAAAAGCAAGCUGCCAUGUAUGCAAGACAGAUUGCUUUUGGUAUUCAGCGUUGUCACAUGUUGAAUAUUGCACAUCGGGAUAUAAAGCCUGAAAACUUGUUACUCAAAGAUAAUUCUGAGGAUUCCCCUGUGAAGUUAACAGACUUUGGUUUUGCUAAAGUUGACGAUGGUAACUUGGUAACCCCGCAUUACACACCCUACUACGUAUCACCUCAAGUUUUAGAAGCACAGCGACAACAACGAAGAGAACAACGUGGUAUUAUACCCACAACAACGCAAUAUACUUAUGAUAAGAGUUGUGACAUGUGGUCCCUGGGUGUGGUACUUUACAUUAUGAUGUGUGGAUACCCUCCUUUCUAUUCUGAAACACCAUCAAAGACAAUAACUAAAGACAUGAAGCGACGGAUCAUGGCUGGAGAGUAUGAAUUCCCGUCUGAUGAAUGGAAUAUUAUAUCUAGACAGGCAAAGGACAUAAUUAAAGGUUUGCUGUGUGUGGUAGCAUCAGAAAGAAUGAAUAUUGAGGAGUUUCUGAGUCAUCCAUGGUUGCAAUUAUCAACUACAUUACCCAAUAUGCAAUUGCAUUCACCAUCACUGUUGCUGGACAAGAAUUCAUUUGAAGCUGCCAAAGAAGCCCAUUCCAGACAUUUGACGGAACUAAGACUUCCAGAAACCAAGCUGACACUGAAACCAUUGGCUAUUGUAGACAAUCCUAUCAUGAGAAAAAGAAGAAUUCAAAACAAUGAAUCCUUAGAUAACAGACAUUUAGUAGAACCUCCAGAAAAGAGAAGAACAAAAAACGAACUUGGUAUAACCUGUCUAAGAGAUGUUAUCGCACAUUGUAUACUUCCCCCUAGAGAUGAGAGUGGUGAUGAUAGUAGACUGUGUCUAUCAGUACAAAUUGCUUGUCAAAAUAACAAUGAUGACCAGUUACUGCAAAGGUUGCUUCAUAGAUUACAUUGGAAUGGUGAAAUAUUUACACAAAAAGUAGACCGCUCUAAACUGGCUGAAGCCUUGGCCAAACUUGUCGAAUCAAGGACAAGACCUCCUAGCGAGGAAUAUUUGAAGACAUAG